UUUUUUUUUCAACUUGAAAAUGUCUAGUAGUAUUGAAGAUAAUGAAUUACCAAAAGCAAAUGUGGCAAGAGUUUUAAAAGCAGCUCUUCCACCUGGAACAGCAUUACAAAAAGAUGCAAAGUUAGCUGUUAGUAAAGCUGCCACUGUUUUUAUUAAUUAUAUUUCUUCAGUUGCUAAUGAUGUUGCAAAGGGGGCAAAUCACAAAACAAUUAGUGCGCCUGACGUUUUCAAAGCUUUAGAAAUUGUGGAAUUAGAUCAUUUAGCUCCUGAGCUUAAGGAAUCCUUAACAGUCUUUCAACAAAUAGCGCUAGAAAAGAAGCAAAAGAAGAAAGAAAGAGAUGAAUCGAAAGCUAAAGAAGAUGAGGAGGAGGACGCACAGACAGAGAACUUGACACGAGGACAAAAGCGAUCGCUUGAUGAGGACGAUGAUGAGGACGAUGACGAUGAGGACGAUGUUAUGUCUGUUGAUGUUAAAAAAUUAAGAUCUGAGGAAGAUAAUGAAGUGGAGGAACAAAAUGAAGAAGAAGAGGAAGAUGUGGAUAGAAAUGAUGACGAAGAAUAAUCAUUGACUAUUACCUUUGUAAAUAAUAAUAAAUGAUUUUCUAUUAUUGUAAUUGGGUCUACAAAUGCUUGAUUAUUAUUUACAUAACGUAUAGCAUCAAGUUAUUUGAUAAUAAAGCUUAAUAUUGAUAUC